CCUCUCGCUCAUCCUCUCGCACGUGCGUCUCGAGCGAGCACGAUCGAUGCCAAUCGAUCCCGGAUCGGACGAUCGGACGUGUUGGAGUCAGGCCACCGCAUCGGUCACCGCGCGCGGCUUCGCCGGAAAACAAUUGGGGGCAUCACCCGCGACCUAUUGUGACAAUCGAUUAAGAUCGCCACCAACUCCCGGCGGCCAUCACGCUAUUCCCCACGUCGCCCCCGGUGCGCGGAGGACGGUACCAACAUCGACGCUCGCGUCAACAGCGAUCCGAUCAUCGGGUCUGGUCGAGCGUCGAGUCAGCUGUGUCAGAGUCGUAAUCGUCGAUUUGGUCCUUAUCGUGUAAAAAUAUGACGACGGCAGCGAGGCCAACCUUCGAGCCCGCCCGAGGAGGGCAAGGUCGAGGCGAGAAGGAUCUGAGCGCGAUCUCGAAACAAUACAGCAGCAGGGAUUUACCUUCCCACACCAAGCUUAAGUACAGAGAGUAUGGACAGGGGACGGUCGAGGAGCUGCGAAAUCGUGAUUUUAGGAAAGAAUUGGAGGAUAGAGAACGAGUAGAAAAGGAUAAGGGCUCGAGUCGUCGGGCCAUUGAACCUUCCAGAGAAUCAACCGCAUCCAGCGCAAAGAGACAGAAAUUAGACCAAGUUCCUGCGGCCAGCUUAGAUGCGGAUGAUCCACUUGAUGAUGAUGAAUCAGAUUCUGAGAGCGAUGAAGAUGACACUGCUGUACUCUUAGCUGAGCUCCAGAGGAUUAAGAAGGAACGGGCAGCGGAACAAGCUAAAAAGGAGAUGGAAAAGCGACAGGAAGAGGAGAGGAUACGCAUGGAAAAUAUUCUUUCUGGAAAUCCUUUGUUGAAUUAUUCUUCGCAAAGUGGAAGAGUGGAUAUGAAGGUACGAAGACGAUGGGACGACGACGUUGUCUUCAAAAACUGUGCGCGUUCGGAACCGAAAAAAAAACAUGACGUUUUUAUAAAUGACUCGCUGCGAAGCGAAUUUCAUAGAAAAUUCAUGGAAAAGUAUGUCAAAUAAUCUAUUACUCUAUUAAUACUAUGUAAAUAACUUUUUUAAUCGAAUAAUUGAAUAAAGCUGCACCUCUUCAUAUCUUCAUUACAUUAUUGAUCCUAGA